CAAAGGGAAAAGCUAUUCCUUCAAUCCGACGUCGUUUCGCUUUGCUCUUCCGUAUAAAAGCAGCGGCGCCAUUGCUCCGCUUUCCUCACUCUCUCGGAUAAAAUCAAUCGCAGCAACACCACCACAUACCAUAAAAUGGUGAUUUCCUCGCGGAUUGCUGCAGUCGCCGCUAUCUAUUGCUCGCUUGCCGUCAUUUUUCUUGCCGGAGGCUCAAAUGCUAGGGACCUGCGUCCAUCGGAGCACGGCUUGGAGUACCAAAACCCUGGCGCUAUUGAAAACUCCUCGCCGGAUAUGCAAUCUUUCUUCAAAGGAAACUCCUGGUCUUCUUCCGAUGUCGCGCUUCCGAAGGCGAUGAACACUAGCCUGCCGUCGCAGUGGUGGAAUCGUAGCCACCGUGACCGCUCUGGAGCCGCUGGCGAUGGAGGCGGCGGAGACCACAUUCGCGGCGCAUUGCUUGUGGCGAGUCUGGUAUGUGGAGUUAUAGGCGUUUCUUUGCUGAUUGCUUCUGCUUUUAUUUACGUCUUCAAGUUCAGGAAACAGAAUAGAUCGUCGUCCUCGCUCUCUGUCUCUGAAACUACUAACAUUAUUGCUAACAAGUGAUUUGAAGACGAAUUUGCAUGUACAUAGCUCUGAGAUCUGGUCGCUGAUCUUAUUUUUUGUUCCUUUCAUUUUUCCUCUGAUAUGUUUGAGUUGAGAGUUCCUGUGUUAGUGUAAUUUUAGACAGAUCUUCGAAUUCGAUAUCAGAUUAUUGCUAAUUUCAAAUUCGUAUACAAUUUAUUGUGUUGAACUGUGGAUGAUUUAUGGAUUCCAUUUAUUGA